GCAGCGGGAGGAGCAGGGCAUGAGCGGCGGGGAGCGGCCGGGACGGCGGCAGAGCUCGGCCCGCACCCCCCUGGCCAUGAGCGGCUCCCCCGGGGCAGCCCCGCAGCCCCGGGCCGGCCCCGCCAGGCCCCGCACGUCCUUCCUCAUCCAGGACAUCCUCUGGGACGCGCCCGAGCGCGCCCGGGGCAGAGGGAAUGCGGAGCUGGGAGCGGCCAGCGAGGAGAGCCCCGGGGCCAGCCCGGCCCCGGGACUCCCCCCCGGGGGUCCCCAUCCCCCGGGAGCCUCGGGGACAGCGCAGGGACCGGACACAGGCGCCCCGGUGGAGACGUUCCUGCCCGAGUGCGCCCCCGGCGCGCACCCCAUGGCCCCGCAGCCUCCCAGGCAGGGCAAACGCUCCCGAGCCGCCUUUUCCCACAGCCAGGUGAUCGAACUGGAGCGGAAAUUCAGCCACCAGAAAUACCUGUCAGCCCCGGAGAGAGCGCACCUGGCGCGGCACCUGCAGCUCACCGAGACCCAGGUGAAGAUCUGGUUCCAGAACAGGAGGUACAAGACCAAGAGGAAACAGGUGGUGGCCGGGAUGAGCCGCUUGGACUCGCAGCAGGAAGCGCCAGAAUUCCCGGGAAUGUCGCUGCUGGCGCUCAGGGGCGCCUGGCCCUACCUGCCCUGGCUCUACUACGUCAAUUCCUGGAGCCCCUCCUGGUAGAAAUGGCUUUUUUGGGGUCAUUCCAUCAAUCCAGAGGGGAGGGAUUGCAGCGACAGCGUUUUGUAGCAGCAGAGAACGCUGUCCAAAGAAAAACCAAGCCAAAAUUUUAAUGCCACUUAAUUCAGUGUUUGAUGGCGAUGCUCUGGGAAUUCCCAGGGGAUCCGUGGCUGCUCCAUCCCUGGAAGUGCCCAAAUCCAGGCUGGAGCUGAGAGCGUCUGGCCUUACCUGCCCUGGGGAAUUCCUGGAGCUCCUCCUGCUAGAACCUGCAUUUCUGUGUGGAAAAUACCAUUUUCCCCUAAAUUUGGGUUGGUUUAACUCUGUGUUGCUCUUCCCAGAGCUGACUGGGGGUGGGAUUUUCAGUGGCAGCACCAACACCUCUGGUUACUAACACUGAAAUAACAAAAAAAAAGCCCAACAUUUUAACAACAGUUAAUUCAGAGUUUGAUUGCAAUGCUCUGGGAAUUCUUAGGGAAUCUGUAGCUGCUCCAUCCCUGGAAGUGCCCAAAUCCAGGCUGGACGGGAUUUGGAGCUGAGGUCGCCUGGCCUUACCUGCCCUGCCUGUACUAGGUCAGUUCCUGGAGCCCCUCCUGGUAGAAAUGGCUUUUUUGGGUUAAAAGAUCUGUUUUUUCCUUCAGUCCAGAGGGGAGGGAUUGCAGUGACAGCAUUUUGUAAUGGCAGCAUGAAAUUCUCUCACCACUAACACUGAAAUAAGUGAAAAAAAGCCCCAAAAUUUAAUUGCAAUGCUCUGGGAAUUCCCACGCCUGCCCAUCCCUGGAAGUGCCCAAAUCCAGGCUGGAGCUGAGGGUGCCUGGCCUCGCCUGCCCUGGGGAAUUCCUGGAGCUCCUCCUGGUAGAAACUGCUUUUCUGGGAGGAAAAUCCCCAGUUUUUCUUUAAUUUCAGAGCAGAGGGAUUUGCAGUAGUGGCAGCUUAAAGUUUGCUCCUCACUAACACUGAAUAACAAAAAAAAGCCUGAAAUUUUAAAAACAAUUAAUUCAGUGUUUGAUUGCAAUGCUCUGGGAAUUCCCAGGGGAUCCUUGGAUGCUCCAUCCCUGAAAGUGCCCAAAUCCAGGCUGGAUGGGGCUUGGAGCCCCUCCUGGUAGAAACUGCAUUUUUCGGUGGAAAAUAUCAUUUUUUCCCAAAAUUUGGGGUGGUUUAACUCUUUUUUGCUCUUCCUAGAGAAGACUGGGGGCGGGAUUUUCAGUGGCAGCACAAACACCUCUGGCCACUCACACUGAAAUAACCAGAGAAAAAACAAACCAAAAUUUUAAUGCCACUUAAUUCAGAGUUUGAUUGCGACGCUCUGGGAAUUCCCAGGGGAUCCGUGGCUGCUCCAUCCCUGGAAGUGCCCAAAUCCAGGCUGGAGCUGAGGGCACCUGGCCCUACCUGCCCUGGGGAAUUCCUGGAGCCCCUCCUGCUAGAACCUGCAUUUCUGGGAGGAAAAAGUCAUUUUUCCCUAAAUUUGGGCUGGUUUAUCUCUGUGUUGCUCUUCCUAGAGCAGACUGGGGGCGGGAUUUUCAGUGGCAGCACAAACACCUCUGGCCACUCACACUGAAAUAACCAGAGAAAAACCAAACCAAAAUUUUAAUGCCACUUAAUUCAGAGUUUGCUGGCGACGCUCUGGGAAUUCCCAGGGGAUCCGUGGCUGGAAGUGCCCAAACCCCGUGCCCAGGCGGAGGUGCCCUGGAUGCCACCCCGGGAGGGACAAUGGGGCAGUGACAGACGAGCUUUGCAUAUCCGGGUGUUGGCCCUGCCGAGCAGCCCCGGGCUGGCAAAGCAGGAGCGGCCCCAGGGCUGGACUUGCAGAGCAGCAAAUCCCCACUGCAGGCGGAAUUUGGGGGUUGGAGUUGUAUUUUUCCAACCCAAAUCCUCCCAAUAUUCCAUGGAUCAGCCCAAUUCCCAGCGCUGGGUCACAGAAGCAGCAACAGAAAGAUCCCAACGAGUCGUUUUUAGGGGGGGAAAUUCCCAUUUGCGCUUACAGAAUAGCAAAAAUUGAAAUUUUUAAAAACUAAGUGCACUUAAAGUAUUAUCAAUUCCAUGGGAAAAGUGUGGGAAUAAAGGAGAUUUCCUUUUUUAGAUUAAAAAAAAAUCCUUAACAUUGGAUAUUAAGGAAUAUUUUCUUAAAUAUUUCCUGAAUAUUUCUUUAAUAUUUCCUUAAAUAUUUCCUGAGCACUUCCUUAAAUGAAUUUUAAUGGGUUUUCUCAGCUGGAAAUGCAUUUUCUCAGUUGGAGUAGCUCAGCAAAGCCCUGCCCGAGCAGAUUUAACCUCCUGGGACUAAAAUCCACCGAGGUUUCUUCCCCUGGGAAGCUCCAGGAAUGUUCCUCGGAUUCCUGCUCUUCCCGGUGUUCCCUCCUGGAGCAGGGAAACGCAAGCAACAAAGAACGGGAAGGAACUGCCCGGAUCUCCCCCUUUUCCCACAGGAUUUUUUGGGAUUUCUCUUUGGCCUGGUGAAUGCUGUGAGCUGCCAGGCAGAGGAGGCAAAAAUUCCAGGGGUGAAAUUCCAGGGAAGGGAGGGCAGGGAGUGGAGGACAGCCAGACUCGGGAGCUGGGAAUUUUCCUCUCGCUAUCAGAACUUCUGAGCUUUGGAGGCCGAGCCGCGGCUCUGGGAUUGUCUCAAAGUAACUUUUCCUAUCUGCCCGUGCCGGGCACCCCCGAGCCGGGCUGCGGAGGGAAGGACAUCUCGUCCCGCCGCGCCGAAACUGCCCGUGCCGGCUCUCACCGCCUCGGGAACGCCGGGAAUUCCCUUCGUGGCCGCAAAGCUGGGAACGACCCCCGAGGGCACCUCCGGGCCGAACCCCGCGGGGAUCGCUGCCGAGCCUGGGACAGGCGCGACACCGGGUUUAGCUAAAACCGGCACGGACACCGGGCUUGGCUAAAACCGGCACGGACACCGAGCUUAACUAAAACCGGCACGGGCACCGGGCUUAGCUAAAACCGGCACAGACACCGGGUUUAGCUAAAACCGGCACGGACACCGGGCUUGGCUAAAACCGGCACGGACACCGAGCUUAGCUAAAACCGGCACGGACACCGGGCUUAGCUAAAACCGGCACGGACACCGAGCUUAACUAAAACCGGCACGGGCACCGGGCUUAGCUAAAACCGGCACAGACACCGGGUUUAGCUAAAACCGGCACGGACACCGCGCUUUGCUAAAACCGGCACGGGCACCGGGUUUAGCUAAAACCGGCACGGACACCGGGCUUGGCUAAAACCGGCACGGACACCGAGCUUAACUAAAACCGGCACGGGCACUGAGCUUAGCUAAAACCGUCACGGGCACUGAGCUUAGCUAAAACCGGCACGGACACCGGGCUUUGCUAAAACCGGCACGGGCACCGAGUUUAGCUAAAACCGGCACGGGCACCGGGCUUAGCUAAAACCGGCACGGGCACCGGGUUUAGCUAAAACCGGCACGGACACCGGGUUUAGCUAAAACCGGCACGGGCACUGAGCUUAGCUAAAACCGGCACGGGCACCGGGCUUGGCUAAAACCGGCACGGACACCGCGCUUUGCUAAAACCGGCACGGACACCGGGCUUAGCUAAAACCGGCUGGGACACCGAGCUUAGCUAAAACCGGCACGGACACCGAGCUUGGCUGUAAACUGGCACGGGCACCGGGUUUAGCUAAAACCGGCACGGACACCGAGCUUGGCUAAAACCGGCACGGACACCGGGCUUAGCUAAAACCGGCACGGGCACCGGGCUUAGCUAAAACCGGCACGGACACCGGGUUUAGCUAAAACCGGCACGGGCACUGAGCUUAGCUAAAACCGGCACGGACACCGCGCUUUGCUAAAACCGGCACGGACACCGGGCUUAGCUAAAACCGGCUGGGACACCGAGCUUA